UUAACACCUAAUGGUGUGUUGAAGAGGUAAUUCAUUCAUUUGUUUCAGGUGUGCUGGUUCAGGAAAACCUGUAAAAAAAAAAAGAAGGACAAAGCGUCUUGAAGACCAGGAUUUAAAACUACUGGUUUUCAAGACACACUGCCCUGAAUUUCUUUUGGUGUUUCCCUGCUUGAAUACAUCUGAUUCAAAUGAUUGUGGUUAAGUAAAAGCCUGCUAACCAGUCGUCAAUUAAAAUCAGGCAUGCUGAAGCAGGAAAGCAUGUAAAACGGGAAGGACAGUCUGUCUUAAGGACCAAGACUGAAACACUCUGGUCUAGAUCGCCUGACCAGAGGCUGAGUCAAGAAGACCAAACCAAUUUCAAAGUUGUGAUAAUAUUAUAGUGGUUGUGGCAAACAUAAGCAAGAAGGUGUCCAAUAAAUUAGCUCUCCAUUUUUACACUGUAAGAAUCCAUGUUGAUACUCCUGAAUGCUUCUCCAAGUUGCAGUAAAAAAAAAAAAAAAAUGUUUCUGACUUUUCUUGAGGAAAAAAAUGAGUCCACCAGGUCUGAGAUCAACACAGGAUGGACUGAAAAUGUAUUCAACACCAAGACUUUGAAAAUGGGGUCUCAAGACCAAAUCCACUAAAGUAACGUCAAACUACAAUAUGAGCUUCCUGGUUGUGCGGGACCCUGUGACGUCUCAGCCCUGCCUACUGUGUGUGUCUGCAGGGGAUCAGAAUGGAGAAGUUCUCGAUUAUAAAAUGAACUGCAAGGGAAAAGCCUUCCAGAUCUCUGAGUCUCGUCUGUCUUUCUCCGAUUUGCCUCAGCUGGUGCUCUUCUACUCUCUGACCAGGGAUGUCCUGGCUGUCUGCCUGUCCAUCCCCCGUUGGAUCUACAGUCCAUCUGACAUGAAUCAAGAUCGUCUCUCUAAGCUUGAACCUAAAAUGUGGUUGUCCACACCACCCGAACAACAAGCAGAAGAAAUGCCCAGCAAGGAGCCAAGCCAUGUGAUGUGCUCUAUUCAGCUGACUUCUGCCAAUGGCGCCCUGUGCAUCAUAAAUCCCCUCUACGUUCAUGAACAUGGAGAUGACUGGUUGACUCAACGGCCAGCAGCUUUACAGUUAACAAAUAUCAGGCGAGAGCGACGCCUCAGCACCACCCGGACUUGGACAGGGGCUGGGAUACAAAGCAAGCGAGCCAUCUCACUGGACCAGGAAUCCAAGGCUGCCGGUACAGAGGGAUCAGGUCUGACCAGAGCCAGGUCCGCUGAUUCUCCUCUCAUCCCACAAACGUCAACAGAAGUGGUCCUCAGGAGGCCCAGCCGGGAUUUAACAUGUAGCAUCCCUCAGAGAGCGAGCACGGGGAGCCUUUCCACGCCCACCACACCAGGAACACCUGAGCAGCACCGCCACAGCAGCCCCGUGCCUCAGUCUCCACACAGGGUGUCCUGGAUUGAAGAUGGAGUUUGGUUGCCUCCACCCAGGCCUUCGUCUUUGCUCCAGCCCCCUUCGCUGGAGCUUGACUCACUGUCGAUCAGCAGCAUAGAGGAGGAGCAAGAGAGCCAACUAGCAGGCCCAGCGCCCCAUCACCCUUCAGCGCACGGCUUGGCUGGUAAGGUCAUCAACCGUCUGUCGGCUGUGGGCCAGGCGCUCGGUGGUCUGGUGUCCCAGAAGAAGAGGCUGACCAAUCGGGUGGUGGAGAUGAGCGAGAAGAAAGGAAACGCCUUUGGAGAGGCAGUUAAAGGAUUUGUAGAGAUGACCCUGAAGGGAGGUUCUGACCCCACUGGGCCUACCGGAGCAGAGUAUCUACAGGAAGUGAGGUCAUCACUUUCGUCGCUCAGGGAGAUGCUGUUGGAUUAUCCAGACAUUCAGGCCAUACUGGACAGCAUCACUGACUUAAACGACCCUGAGAUUGACUCUCUGGUAGAGGUCACUCUUCACAAAGUGGCCUUGAAGCCCGUCUCCUCCCAUCUCUACUCCUGCAUUCACACCUCCAGGACCAAUGAUGGCAGCUUUCAGCAUCUCCAGGGAAACUUCCUGUUGCUAGAAAAGAACGGAAUUGAAGAACUUGGUGGAUCAAAAGGAGUCGGAGUCCCUGAUUCUGUCAGUUUGGAGAGAAUACAGCAGAGAUGGGCCAGUAUGCACGAGGCCUACUCCCCAAACAAGAAGAACCAGAUCCUCCUCAAGGUCUGCAAGAGCAUUUACCACAGCAUGAGCACUAAUGCUACUUCUAGUGCAGGUGCGGUGUUUGGAGCGGAUGAUUUCCUGCCUUGUUUGACCUGGGUUCUCCUCCGUAGCAACUUGGUCAGCUUACAGGUGGACACGGACUACAUGAUGGAGCUGCUGGACCCCACACAGCUACAGGGAGAAGGUGGCUACUAUCUUACAACUCUAUACGCCUCUCUCUUCUACAUCACUAGCUUUCAGCCACGGCUGGCUGCCCGCCAGCUCAGUGUGGAGGCCCAACACUCUAUCAACCAAUGGCAUCGCAGACGCACGCUCCACUGCAACAAGUCCCGUCGCAGCAUGCACAGACGGACAAUUCGCAGGCAGACAGCCAAACAGAACUUGGAGACAGAAACUGCGAGCAAGAGUGAAAGUGGGGGACAAUAUGAGUCUGAAAAUGCUGACAUUUCAGAGCAGCACUCAGAAACCAGCGAGGAUGCUGAGCGGAGGCCAAGUGAGAACACAGAGUGUGAACAGGAACUAGGAGACCAACCACAGACCACGGAGCUGGCAGACUUUCAACCUGCGCAGCAGAAAGAGGUGAUGACCAGUGAACAGGAAGACAAGCUGAGUGUUUGCACAGAAACAGAGGAGGCUGAAGACGAUUCUGAUGGAGAGCUGAGAGAAGACCUGAGGUGACAAUAUGGGACAGUUUGUCAAAGUCUUUCACCCAGGGUCAAACAAACUCUUCCUAAACCCACAUUAAUCGCUCCACUAAAAGAGCACCACAGUACCAUCUGCAUUUUUAUAUCAAGAGAGUCCCUGAUGUGAGUCUUAGUUGAGGGUGUUCAGAGUGUUGCUUUCAUGUUUGGCCCAUACCUCUGUGCGUUUCCGCUCUGUGUAUCGACUUUAUCUUCCUGUUUAGAUGGUGAUUCUAAUUUAACCUGUGUGCAUGUUUGUAUUAGACCUGGUGCACAAUGCUUCUCGCUCUUUGAAACCGGACAUUAGGUUAACUUCUCCUCAACUCUGAACAACGAAAAGCAGAGUCAGCAAAUUAGACAGCGAUCUUAAAUUAGAGUUUGUCGGUCAAUAUAGCCUUAUUCGUACCCCCCCGUGAACUUUUUCACAUUUUAUGACUUCACAACAAUUUAUAAGUCAUACAUUGGGAUGUCUUAGUCACAGUUUAGAAUCCAAAUGAGAAGCAACGACAAGCUGUUUUGGCAACAAUUUAAAAGAAAUUGUACAGAAGCAAAGAUGGUAGACAUCUUUUGUUGUUUUCAGACUGAAAAUUUUGAUUUCUCAGAAACAAAAGGAGGAAAAAAAAGAAUUUAAAACAAAUAAAUAGAGUUUGGUUAAAAUAAAAUCCUACUUUUGAUAUUUCCCAGUGGGACCACUGAAAGGUAACCUGAGAUGGAGUUGUCUAAUAUGUCAAUUAAGCUUCUAUCAUAUUUAAUAUGCAAAUCAUAUAAUAUUAAGUACAUUUCCGUGAUCAAAUUAAAGUUAUACACUGAUGUGCUGUUGUUAUUUCCUUUCGAAUAGGCAACUGCUUCCAGCUAGAAGCAUCACUAGCUUGUUUCUUUAUCACUGUACCUCAAACAAAUUGUUGCCAGUGGGGGUUUGUUAUUGGUCAGUAAUAUUUAACUGAGAUUUCUAUCUUCAAGAUUAUAUCUUUGUAGCACAUACAAGUUUUUAUUUAUCAGACAGCGAUAAUGUUCAAUGGAUGUGUAGCACUGCUUGCUUUUAAAUAAAGAUCUCUUCUCCUCCUUGCUAACCUGCCUGGCAUCAAACAGCAUCUUAAUUUGAAAAUCAAUUUCUAUGCUUUUCAGUUCCCUAUGAAAAACGUAACCCAAUCAAGAGUUAAAAUGAUAAAAAUAAGAACAUUUUGCCAACUCAGUAGUUUAAUAAAAAUGAUUUACACCAGCACCACUAGAUGGCACUAUUUCACCUUCAGUGACAUCUUCAUUGUUUAGAAGCACGGCUCAUAGUUUAUCUAAAAAACAUGUUUUAUGAGUUUGGGUAUGUUUAGAAUAGGAAGUAAUUGUAAAGCAUGAUCUAGAAGCAACUACUCUAUUUAAAGCUGGAACAUUGGUGAACAUUAUAUUAUUCCCAUGAAGAUUAAAAGCAACCUAAAAAUGGAUACAGAUAAUUAUCAGUGAGAACAUAAACACAUCUUGAAAGGCUGUAAUAAAUGUGGGGAAAAAGUGUUGUAAUUGUAUUUGGCCUGUUGCUUAAAAUAAACAUAGUAUGCAUUUUUA